AUGGCCGACCACCAAAAUCAACCAUAUCGCCGAGCCUCCACUGGCGAACGGGUAACCUCUCCCGCCGUUUUCGCGGAGCUGUUCGUGGCGCCGCGGCCGUUCGCGGGGCGGCGGGGGAGGCGGCAGCUGGCAGCGUUGGCGUCGUGGGUGCGGCUGCAGCCCGGCGUGCGCGUGGUGCUGGUGGGGUCCCAUCCCACCUUCCACCGCGUCGCCGCGAGAUAUCCGGGACGAGUGGUGGUGGAGGAGGAUGUCGACACGAGCUUCGCCUCAGGCCGACCCUUAGCCAACAGCCUCUUUGCCCGCGCCCGAGCCUCCCGUGCAGGCUUGGCGAUUGUCCUAACCGACCCCAAGGCUGUGCUUAUGUCGAGCCUGAGUGUAGCUUUGGAGAAGACACGGGACGUGCAGGGAGACUGGCUACUGGUGGCAGGCGCGUGGAAGGUUGAAGUAGGAGGCUCGGCACGAGGCUCGGGAGUUGGUUCGGUUGAGUGGAGGAGGGUUGGGCCGGGUAGGGUGGCGGGGAGGGAAGAGAAUAGUGCAGAGAAGAAGGGUAUCAGUGAGGAGGAGUAUGCAUGGGUGGUAACCAGUGUAACAGGAGUGACACGUCAGCUGAGUAUGGAUGAGGCGCUGAGUCAUCUCCAGUCAUCCUCCUUGCUCUCCCACUCGCCCUGCUCUCCCCCCAUCCUAUGGGCCUGGAAUGUAGGUCACACCCCCCUCCUCUCUGGCCCCAUGCCUCCCUUCCGCCUGCUGCAGCCACACACAGAGAGGGGAGGAAGUGGGGGAGAGGGCGAGGGGUCAAGGGGGAAGGAAGGGCACAGAGGGCGAGAGGGCAAGGGCGGUCGUGAGGAGGGGCAGCAAAAGGAAAUGCUAGAUCCAAUGGCCGGCUCUCAAGCUCCAAGGAACGAGUCUACAGGCCAGGGGUUACCUGGUUACCACACACCUAGCCUUCACCACGGCACACUAUCCUCAGUUCGCGGCGUGUGGCAGCAGUGGGUGCUGCACGAAUGCCUCUCCUCUCCGCUCCGCCUCGUGCUCGAUGCCUCCGCGCUGAAGCCCGUGCUGCUGCUGCCACCCGAAGGGGCUGCUGCUGUAGCGGAGGAGGGUAUAGGCGACUGGGAAGGAGAGGAGAAAGGGGGAGGAGGGGAGGAAGGGGAGGAGGGAGAGCGAGAGGGGAAGGGAGAGGAGGAGGGAGGUGUCGGAGUGGGUGAGGAGGAAGGAGAGGAAGAGCUGAAUGCCUACUUGGCUCUCUCCUACGGUUCCUUUCCCCUCUCACUCUCCUCUGUUCCUCCCGCCAACAGUCACUCACACAACAAGCACGGUUCCACCAAGGACAGCAGCAGCGCUGCACAGCAGCAACUGCUGCAAGAGAGGCAGCAGCAGAGAGUGAGCGGUGGGCCGCGCGUGUCACUUGGAGAUGUGCUGUGGGCCCUCGUCCCGUGUGCCCACCCUGGCGCUGCUGGGUUCUGCUUCCAGCCACGAGACAAGCAGCAGCUUCGGGGGAUGGUGGUGCCAGAAGGAGGAAGCAGGGGGUGGGAUGAGGGCGGGAGGGGUGAUGGGGGGGAGGGGUGGAGGUGCAUUGGGCGGGUUGAGAAGGAGGGGCUGUUGCAGGCAGCUGCAGCGUGGAGGCAAGAGGGGGGUGGGUUGAGGCGGAGGCGGGAAGCUAAGAGGAAGGAGGUGGAGUUUGGGGGGGAAGGCGAGGAGGGUGUGGGUGGAGGGGGAGGGGAUGGGGGUGAGAGAGGAGGGGCGGGCGGAGGUAGGAACGAGACUGGAGGGGCGGGUGGAGGGGCGGAUGGAGGGGCAGAGGUGGGGCCGCUUGUGUUUGAGAGAGUGGAGCAUGAUGAGGUGAUGCUGCGGGUGCUGCGACAGGUGGUGGGGAGAGGGACGGGCAUGAAGAGAGGGGAAGGCAGGGAGAGGGCGAGGGGGAGCGGCAUGCAAGAGGAUGGCGGAUUGGGCGGAGAGGUGGCUGCAGCAGGAAGGAGAGGCAGCCGUAGGCGGAAGUCUGAAGCAGAAGGAAGAGAAGGGGCAAAAGGGAGAGAAGGGGCAAAAGGGAGAGAAGGGACAGAAGGGACAGGGGGGCCAGCAGGGGUCGAGGUGGCAGGUGCAGUGGAGGGGGACGAAGCGCGGACGGCGGUGCUGGCGGUGGUAGCAUCAAACUACAGGGAGGUGAUGAUGAGCUGGGUGUGCGGGCUGCGCCGCCUGCACGUGCACAACUACGUUAUAGCCGCCAUGGACAGGGAAACUUACGACUUUGCCCGCGAGCAGGGCCUCCCGGUGUUCCCCCACGCGUACGACGACGCGUUCGGCCGUGACGACUGCCACUUCGGCACGGACUGCUUCCUCAAUGUGACUAAAGUGAAGUCUCGGGCAGCCCUCCGCGUGUUACGGGCUGGUUACCACGUGCUGUUCAACGACGCGGAUAUCUAUUGGUUCGCGGACGCGCGACCGAUAGUGAUGGGGUAUGGGCCAGGGCAUAUGGUGGUUCAGAGCGACAAUCACAAUGACACGGGCCCGGAUAAUGACUAUCGGCGGCUCAACUCGGGGUUUUAUUUCAUUCGCUCGGAGCCGAAGGCAUUGGCGGCUCUCGAGGCGGUGGUGGCGCAUGCAGCAGCAUCACCAAUAACAGAGCAGCCGAGUUUCUAUGAUGUGCUGUGUGGAGCUUCUUCUGAGUACACUGUGGGCGAUUCCCAACCCACUGAUAGUAACGCCGCCAAGGCCAGGGGUACCGCAGACCAGCGAGUCGCUGCCUCGUGGACUGAGCGGAGCUGGCACGGCGGCGCGGCGCGCACGAUCAUGCUUAAAGGCCUCGACGGUCGUGGCGGCGGUCGCUCCGUGCUCGCAUUCGUCGUCGCGCUGCUCGCAUGCCUCGCGCCGCGCCGCGGGCGGCCGUCGCGCAGAUCAUCUCGGAAUCCGAUGGUGAAAUCAUUCCUGCUACUAAGACUCGCGCAACUCGUGGUAUGCUGCCGCGUUGCCCUGCCUGCCACGCGACACGCUUCCCAAAAACAACGCUGUGAUGCUCGUGCGCGUGCUCGUGCUCGUGCUCGUGCUCGUGCUCGUGCUCGUGCUCGUGCUCGUGCUCGUGCUCGUGCUCGUGCUCGUGCUCGUGCGCGUGCUCGUGCUCGUGCGCGUGCUCGUGCUCGUGCUCGUGCUCGUGCUCGUGCUCGUGCGCGUGCUCGUGCUCGUGCGCGUGCUCGUGCUCGUGCUCAUGCUCGUGCUAGUGCGCGUGCGCGCGUGCUCAUGCUCGUGCUAGUGCGCGUGCUCGUGCGCGUGCUCAUGCUCGUGCUAGUGCGCGUGCUCGUGCGUGUGCUCAUGCUCGUGCUAGUGCGCGUGCUCGUGCGCGUGCUCAUGCUCGUGCUAGUGCGCGUGCUCGUGCGCGUGCUCAUGCUCGUGCUAGUGCGCGUGCUCGUGCGCGUGCUCAUGCUCGUGCGCGUGCGCGUGCUCGUGCGCGUGCGCGUGCUCGUGCGCGUGCUCAUGCUCGUGCUAGUGCGCGUGCUCGUGCGCGUGCUCAUGCUCGUGCGCGUGCGCGUGCUCGUGCGCGUGCUCAUGCUCGUGCGCGUGCGCGUGCUCGUGCGCGUGCUCAUGCUCGUGCGCGUGCGCGUGCUCGUGUGCGCGUGCGUGCUCAUCGAGCUACCAGCACUCACACAAACCUCAACAGCCACCAACAGCCGUCAAGGCCUCCCUUCAUCUGGUGCGGUGCUGCAGGAUCUGCAGAAGGCGUGGAACUUAACAUUUGCAGGCUGGUUGCCUGGAGGGGACUGCGGGCUGGCAGCAUCACCUCCGUGCAAUUCUUCACGCUCAUGGGGCCGUCCUUCCCCACGGAUAGUGUCACGCGCCUUCACUGCCUCACAAAGCUGUCAGUGGAGUGUGUUCCGGGCGGUGUUGCAGAGAGCUUUCCUUCCACCAUAG